AUGUCCGAUGUCGAGACCCACGGAAAAAAAGUUCGCGACGUGCAGAGGAAGGCAUUCACGACAACAAAAAUGAAGAUUAAGGCGCUCAGCCGCUCCACGGCAUCGGUGCAAGCACCCGGCUCGAAUGUUACCAAAAUCACACGCAACCUUGACCCCAACCUGCACCCUUUCGAACGCGCACGCGAGUACACAAGAGCCCUCAAUGCGACAAAGGUCGAGCGCAUGUUUGCGCAGCCUUUUCUUGGCGACUUUGAACCUGGACACGUUGACGGUGUAUACGCCUUCGCAAAAGAUCCUAAUUCCCUGGAGCAUUUUGCGAGUGGCAGUGGAGACGGCGUGGUAAAAGUAUGGGACCUCACAAGCAGGCAAGAGAAGUGGCAGGCCCAGGCGCACGAGAAUCUGGUCAAGGGCAUGUGCUGGACACAAGAUAAAAGGCUCAUAACAUGCGGUGCAGAUCGCCAAAUUCAAAUGUUCGAACCGUACUCUCAGCCCUCCAAGUCACCACCACAAGCCACAUGGCAUGGCAGCGCUGCCUUCACAUCUGUGUCGCACCAUCGAUCACUGCCUACAUUCGCCGCAGCUUCGAGUGUUGUCUCGAUAUACGAUACUGCCCGCACAUCGGGAGCUCCUGUUCAAAAUCUUGUGUGGCCAUCUGCCAUCGAUACCAUCAACUAUGUCACAUUCAACCAAGUAGAAACGUCUAUAUUGGCAUCCUGUGCUACGGACCGCGCCGUCGUUCUGUAUGAUGUCCGCACAAACUCGCCUUUGCACCGAACAGUCCUGAACUUUGCAUCCAACUGCAUCGCCUGGAACCCCAUGGAGGCCUACAAUUUUGCUGUCGCCAAUGAAGAUCACAAUGCAUAUAUAUUCGAUAUGCGAAACAUGAAGCGUGCUCUUCAGGUACUGAAGGGUCAUGUCGCCGCUGUCAUGAGCGUAGAGUUUAGCCCUACCGGAGAAGAGCUAGUGACUGGAUCUUACGAUCGAUCAGUACGUUUAUGGGAAAGGCAAAAGGGCCAUGCACGUGACAUAUACCAUACCAAGCGUAUGCAGAGAGUUUUCUCUGUGGCGUGGAGUCCUGACAACAACUACGUGCUCAGCGGUUCGGACGAUGGUAACGUGCGUCUAUGGCGUGCGAGAGCCUCUGAGAGACGAGGAGUCAAGUCAUUUGCCCUUCGUCAAAAGAUACAGUAUGAUGAAGCACUCAAGGAGCGCUACAAGCAUAUGCCCGAGAUCAAGCGCAUUGGUCGGCACAGGCACAUUCCCAAAACCGUCAAGAAGGCCGGUGAGAUCAAGGCUGAAGAGCUCAAGGCGAUUCGAAGGAAAGAGGAGAAUGAGAGGAGACACACAAAGAAGGGUGAAGUUAGACGAAAAGCAGAACGCGAGAAGAUGGUUUUGGCGCGGGAACAGUGA